AUGUCUGAUGAUCGUAGAGGAAAGGGCUUCCCGGAUAGGGAGUCUACCUCGUCAUCAUUAACCAAAAAAUCCCCAUUCGAGAAAGCGAAAGCCGAAGCCGAAGCCAAGCGCGCCCGUGAAAAGGCCGAGACUGCUGCCGUGUACGAGGAUUUCGUGAAGUCUUUCGAAGAGGAUGCAUCUGCACCUACUAGAGGCUCAGACGGACGACAAGGUCAUUUUGGGGGCAGAGGCGGUGGACUGGGAGGAACGCGGCCGUCAAGACACUUCUCAAGCUCCGGGACUCGAAACAGCGGCCCUGGGACACUACCACCACCGCCUUCAAGUCUUGCAUCGCGAGGUGGUCUGAGACCGUUCGGACAAUCUUCACGCAGCCGGGACCCAGCAUCCGGUGUCUUGGGAAAUGACUCGUCCUCUCCUGUCCCAACCGCCGCACGAUCCGCAUUUCGAAGCACCUCGGACGACGAAGAUGAGCGCAGGGCCGACGCAAGAGAGGCAGAGAAGGCGGCCUCAAGGUACACCCUGUGUCUCGAAUCGCUGCCGUUGGGUACAUCUCCUUCUGUGCUCAAAUCCUUGAUUCCCUCCUUCCUCACGGUUGACAGUGUCAAUAUCAUACGGCCAACCAGUCAAUCGCCCACCGAGCGAAAGUCCGCAGCCGCCAUCAUUACCCUCGCAAGUGAAACGCCGCUUUCAGAUGUCAACUCUGCCAUCAGUCUCCUGGACAAGAAGUACCUUGGCCGAGGUCAUUAUCUAUCCAUACACAAGGGUCAUUCUUCGGCUGCGAUCAAUUCAACGAUGCCACAAACCAUCGGCACGACAACAUCAAAGUCACUUCCAUUUGGAGCAAAAGCUGUUCAGCAGAACUACGGUGAAAGCCUCAGCCGUGCCCCGCCUCCAGGCCCCCACCGUGGAUUUGCACCUCCGGACUCAUAUGGAUCAAUCGCAGGAAGAGCCGGAAGCCGCACGAGAGUUGAGGUCCAAGCACCGGGGGACAUCAAGCAACUACGAUUGAUUCACAAAACCCUGGAGACGCUUCUGAAACAUGGACCAGAAUUUGAAGCCCUUCUGAUGAGCCGUCCGGAGGUACAGAAAGAAGAGAAAUGGGCUUGGAUAUGGGAUGCACGAAGUCCCGGUGGUGUUUACUAUCGAUGGAAGUUAUGGCAAAUCAUCACCAAUCCUCGAGCACGCAGUAGUGCUAGAGCUGCCGGUCGGCAAUCAUGCUCUGUCUUCGAUGGUGGACCCAUCUGGACCUCGCCCGACACAGGUAUCAGAUUCGAAUUCACUACACGACUGGACGAAUUUGUUUCGGAGGAUGAUUACAAUUCGUCAGAAGAAGAGAUGUCUGACGGCGAGGAAGAGAGGCGUAAUCUUGGAGGUGGCCCCCCAUCAGAGGGAACAGCGUCUCAUCAGGACAGUGCGGGUUAUAUGAACCCCUUACAAAAAGCAAAGCUCACACAUCUGCUUGCCCGUCUACCCACAACCCAUGCCAAAUUACGGCGUGGUGACGUUGCUCGGGUGACAGCCUUUGCUAUCAAACAUGCAGGGACAGGUGCUCGCGAGGUUGUUGACAUGAUCAUACUGAAUAUCCUGCGUCCCUUGGCAUACACGGGAGCCAAUCCAGGGCGGGAGGGAGAAAAGGAUGCUGCUCGACAAGACGAGGAAGAUGGCGAAGGCCAGCAUACAUCCAGGUCGAAAAUUGACAUGUCCUCGGCCAAGCUGGUGGGAUUGUAUUUAAUUUCCGAUAUUCUCGCUUCGUCGGCCACCAGUGGGGUUCCUAAAGGGUGGCGAUAUCGGUCUUUGUUUGAGAAUGCUCUGCGCUCGCACAAGGUUUUUGAACACCUCGGCCGCUUGGAGAAAGACUUGAACUGGGGCAGACUUCGUGCUGAGAAGUGGAAGCGCAGUGUGGGAGCUCUUCUGCAUCUGUGGGAGGGUUGGAGUAUCUUCCAGCCCUCUAAUCAGGAACACUUCCUCGAGGUUCUUGAGCAUCCGCCGUUGACCGAUGAAGAACUGCAGAGAGGAUCAGAAAAAGCCAAUACGGAUCGAUCUAAUCAGCAAGCUUUGAAGACGAAAAGUCGAUGGAAAGCUGUUGACGAUGAUACGCCAAUCGAAGGACCUAAAGACGGUUCGCCUUCCGCGGCGCAAAACCAAAACCCUCCUUCAAGUACACUCCCGAUUGUGGAAGACGACGAUGUGAGCGAUCUAGAUGGUGUUCCAAUGGAAGAUAGCGAUCUUGAGAUGCACGACGAUGACGGCGAUGAUGAAGAUGAGGAUAAUGGUGAACCGAUGGAGGAAGAUCCGCCAUCACAUGAUCAAGCUGGUGCUCAACACGCUGUGCAGCAAGAGCAAGAACAGCACCAGCAUCGACCUGAGGGGCAGAUCCAGCGAGGGCAACGCAAGCCAAGGCCAAAGGCUGAGGAUAUGUUUGCAUCCGAGUCGGAGUGA